AUGUUGUUGUGGCUGGUUUUGUUCCUGCCUUCCAUCUCCUCGGCUCAGCGAUCAGAGCCCAUGUUCUCAGCUAUAACCAAGACCGUCCUCCCUCCCGACUAUGACAACAACCCCACCCAGCUCAACUAUGGCGUGGCUGUCACCGAUGUGGACGGGGACGGAGACCUGGAGAUUUUUGUAGCUGGCUUCAACGGCCCGAACCUGGUGCUAAAGUACGACAAGCAGAAGAAAAGGCUUGUCAACAUCGCUGUCGACAACCGUAGUUCCCCAUUCUACGCCCUGAGAGACCGCCAAGGCAACGCCAUCGGAGUGACGGCGUGUGACAUCGAUGGAGAUGGUCGGGAGGAGAUUUAUGUGCUAAACACCAAUAACGCCUUCUCUGGUCGAGCAACAUAUUCUGACAAGCUGUUUAAGUUCCGCAAUGGACGCUUUGAGGAUCUGCUGAACGAUGACAUCAACGAACACAGAGAUGUGGCCAACCGUAUGGCUGGGCGCUCAGUGGCCUGUGUGGACAGGAAGGGUUCAGGGCGUUAUGCCAUCUACAUCGCCAACUAUGCCAGUGGCAACGUGGGCCCUCAUGCUCUCAUUGAAAUGGACGAGGCAGCGAGUGAUCUUUCACAGGGCGUCAUUGCCCUGUCCAACGUGGCAGAGGAGGCCGGUGUCAACAAAUUCACUGGGGGGCGAGGUGUUGUGGUGGGGCCCAUUGUCAGUCAAUCCCUGUCCGAUGUGUUUUGUGACAACGAGUACGGUCCCAACUUCCUGUUCAAGAACAAUGGAGAUGGGACAUUUACUGAUGUGGCGCAGCAGGCUGGUGUGGAGGACCCCAUGCAGCAUGGCAGAGGGGUUGCUCUGGCAGAUUUCAACCGUGACGGCAAGACAGACAUCGUCUACGGGAACUGGAACGGGCCUCAUCGCCUUUACAUGCAGCUGAAUAACCGCAAACAGAAGUUCAAGGACAUAGCAUCCCAGAAGUUUUCUAUGCCGUCACCGGUUCGCACCGUCCUGGCCGCUGACUUUGACAACGACAACGAGAUGGAGGUCUUCUUCAAUAACAUUGCCUACAGGGGCCCCUCCGCCAACAGGCUCUUUAGGGUGAGCAGGAGAGAGCAUGGAGACCCCCAGAUAGAAGAGCUGAAUAUUGGAGAGGCAGCAGAGCCUGAAGGACGGGGAACCGGAGCUGUAGCCACAGACUUUGAUGGUGAUGGGCGUCUGGAGCUGCUGAUAUCUCAUGGUGAAAGUGCAGCUCAGCCUCUCUCUGUCUACAAAGUCAACCAGGGGCUCACUAACGCCUGGCUGCGGGUGAUUCCCAGAACCAAGUUUGGUGCUUUUGCCAGAGGAGCUAAGGUGGUGCUGUACACUAAAAAGAGCGGCCCGCAUACACGGAUCAUCGACGGUGGCUCAGGGUACCUGUGUGAGAUGGAGCCGGUAGCCCACUUUGGCCUUGGUAAGGAUGUUGCCACCAAUGUGGAGGUGUACUGGCCAGAUGGUCGUUCAUCAGCACGACCCCUGGAGCCUUCAGACAUCAACACAGUGAUGGAGAUCCACUAUCCGAGAGACGAGGAGGAAAUCACUCCUGCUGUGGAAAUAGAGUGCGGUCAUGGCUUUGCUCUGAAUGAGAAUGGCCGCUGCACAGAUAAAGAUGAGUGUACCCAGUUUCCCACCGUGUGCCCCUCUGACCGCCCCAUCUGCACCAACACCUAUGGCAGCUAUAAGUGCCGCGCCAAGAGGAGAUGCAACCAGGGCUUUGAGCCCAACGACGACGGGUCAGCCUGCGUGGCCCAGGUGGCUUACUUUGGGGGAACACGGUCUUCUGGGGAACGCAGACGGUCAGGACUUUCUUACUGGAUGCUCCCCAUCUCCGUGCUACCACUCGUCUCCACCCACCUCCAGACUGGACUACUGUAGCCAACACUGGCUGCUCCCCUUCCUAACACUCUCCACUGCUAAACGGGGGAGUACAGAAACUCUUUGGAGAACACCUUUCACCGAGCAUCUACUCCUUCUCCUAUGUGGAUCUCUGCUAUCUUUUUUCAUCUGUUAUUUACAGCUUUGCCCCCUCCUCACUGCCGCUAUGUGUCACCUCUUGGCUCCCGGCCCCCUCUGGACUAUAAAAAAACACACAGCAGGGAGCAUGCUCGCUGGGAGCGACGGGGUUCAGAACUAACUGUGUCACACCCGCACAGCCCUCAUGUCAUCACCUGGCACUUAUCUUAGUGGGACCUGAACUGAGGCCAAGUCAAUAAGUGGAGCAGCGUACAGUAUAAACCCUGCACAUACAGUACAGCAGACCACCUUCAUUAGAGAACCGCUGAGAGCCCAUCUGUGUCUGCACAACGCCACCACGUUAAUCUUUACAAUGUCAAUCUCAUUCUUGUUAUGGGCUCACCGGGAGGCUGAGGAACACCAGAUCUCCAAGCUUUUAGGCUCAGUGUUUGUGUGUGAGUAAGUGUGUGUGAGCGUACAGCGUCCAAAGAGGCAGUCGGGUAGAGAACAUACGCCAGACCAUCUGUCGCCGAUGGUAGGUUACAUUUAGUUGCUUAUGAAUAAUACCACAGCACAGUGAAUAAUAUAAACACACUUGUGUGUGUGUGUGAGCACAAGAAUUGCCAGGGACAAAUUUAAUCUUUUUAAGUAAAUAGCAGUAAGGUGUACUUGAAACGCAAUUUACUAAGCAAAGUUAAAGCAUUUGCAAAAUAUUGCAGAACUGUACAUUUUAAAUGAGUGUCAGCUUUAAAUAUUUAUUGCAAAAAAGAAUCCCCCUAAUUUGUUGCCAUCUAAAAAAACAA